AUGCUGUGGCAGGCGCUUUGCCAGUUUGGCCGGCAGCUGGUGCGCAGGCGGCCCCUGGAGCUGGGCGAGCAGGCGCCUGAGAACCGCUUGUCCCGUUGUCUGAGCACCCUGGAUCUGGUGGCCCUGGGGGUGGGCAGCACCCUGGGAGCAGGCGUGUACGUCCUGGCUGGGGAAGUGGCCAGAAACAAGGCUGGACCCUCCAUCGUCAUCUGCUUCCUGGUGGCUGCCCUGUCUUCCAUGCUGUCCGGACUCUGCUAUGCGGAGUUUGGGGCACGGGUGCCAUGCUCCCGAUCUGCGUAUCUCUACAGCUACGUGACGGUGGGUCAGCUCCUGGCUUUCAUCACCGGCUGGAAUCUCAUACUCUCCUAUGUCAUUGGUGCUGCGAGUGUGGCCAGGGCCUGGAGCAUUUCCUUUGACAACCUUAUUGGGAACCACAUCUCCCAGGCCCUGCAGGGCAUUUCUCUGCACGUACCUGGCAUCCUGGCUGAAUAUCCAGACUUUUUCGCACUGGGCCUGGUGCUGCUCCUCACUGGACUGUUGGCUAUAGGAGCUCGUGAGUCGGCCUUAGUUACCAAAAUAUUCACAGGCGUGAACCUCUUGGUUCUGAGCUGUGUCAUCCUCUCUGGCUUCAUUAAGGGAGAUUUGCACAACUGGCAGCUCACAGAACUGGACUACCAACGGGCUAAUAACACUUGUACCUUGGGGCCUCUGGGCACUGGAGGGUUUUUCCCUUUUGGCUUUGAUGGAAUUCUCCGAGGAGCAGCUACGUGUUUCUUCGCGUUUGUUGGAUUCGAUUGCAUUGCCACCACAGGGGAGGAAGCCCUCCACCCUCAGCGUUCCAUCCCUCUGGGCAUUGCCAUCUCACUGUUUAUCUGCUUCCUGGCCUAUUUCGGCAUUUCCGCGGCCCUCACUCUCAUGAUGCCUUUCUACCAGAUAAAUGUUGACAAUCCCUUGCCAGAAGCUUUCGUCUAUAUCGGAUGGGCCCCGGUCAGAUACGCAGUGGCUGUCGGCACCCUCUGUGCCCUCUCCACCAGCCUCCUGGGUGCCAUGUUCCCCAUGCCUCGAGUGAUCUAUGCGUUGGCCGAGGAUGGGCUCCUUUUCCGCGGACUUGCCCGAGUCCAUCCCCGCACGAGCACCCCUGUGGUGGCCACCGUCAUUUCUGGGAUCAUGGCAGCAUUCAUGGCGUUCCUCUUUGAGCUAAGUGACCUUGUGGACCUCACGUCAAUUGGGACCCUGCUUACUUACUCUUUGGUGGCCUUCUGUGUUCUUGUCCUCAGAUAUCAACCAGACCAGAAUUUCAGCCAGAAUGAGAAAGUAUUUGAGAUGAAGCCUGAGCCUGUAAAAAAAUUCUCAGAGUUUGUUCCUGCAGUGGGAACCUCAGAGACGCUGAAGAGUCUUCACCCUGUCAACACCACGCCCACCCUGAGGUCUGGCCGGGUCGUCUAUGGAUGUACCUCCCUGGUUGUCAUCUUGCUAAUGAUUCUAUGCCUGAUACUGGCUAAGUGGCCCAGAUACCUGUUCUCUGGAGACCUAGUGUAUGCAGGGGUGGUCGUCACCUUGCUGGUGCUCAUUAUUGGGUUCACUUUUAUCAUCUGGAGACAGCCCCAGAGUGACACUCCUCUUUACUUCAAGGUCCCUCUGCUGCCUGUCCUCCCACUGAUAAGCAUCUUUGUGAAUGUUUACCUGAUGAUGCAGAUGACCGUUGAGACCUGGGCCCGAUAUGGAGUCUGGAUGGUGAUUGGAUUUGCUGUCUAUUUUGGAUAUGGGAUCCGACACAGCUUGGAGAAGAAUGAUCAACAGCUGCCAGACUUAAGCUCCCCAACUCUUCAUGAAGCUGUCUCUACUACUGAAUUGCUUUAA